UUAACAAUACACUGAGCUCUCAUUAUAAUUACGUUCCAUAAAAAAAAAAAAAAAUGUUACUGCUACUAUGCAAACUCCUACUGAUUUUGUUUAUUUUUUUCUUUCACGGCCAUCUCGUCACCUGCGAAAUUUAUCACAUAUCGAUCACCGGUGCAUCACUUCAUCACUAUAUUUCACCCCACAACACGUCACACUAAUAAAACCCUUAAUUUCCCGGUGAUAAAAAGAGGAUAUUAGGUUUGAGGGAAAUGUGCACCUCUCUUGUCAUCUGGCGAGAAACAAAAGAGCAUCAGCGGGGAGGUGAGCCUGUGAGGGUGUAGUAGUAGCAUGAGCAGGUGGCAGGUGACGGGGGCUGACAAUUGACGUGGAAAAACGGGAGUCCUACGCGCCUUCCCCACCCAAGCACCCUCGGCCCUGCGUGUCGCCACCCCCAGGGACCUCAGGGACCUCAGGCAUGGGGCCCCGGACAGGCAGGAAGGACGGAAGGAGAUGAAAAGACGAGUGGAAGCAGGAGGGAGGGAGUCUGAGUGAGGGUCCCGUCAUGCCCAUUCUCCGGAACAAGUGAAUGAAGACCACGUGACCCUAGAGGACCAAUCAGCGGCCAGGACCACCCCGCCCAACGGACCAAUCAGCGGCCAGGACCACCUCGCCUAACGGACCAAUCAGCGGCCAGGACCUCCUCGCGUGACGGGCCAAUCAGCGUCCGGAGGUUCCUCGCCUGACGGACCAAUCAGCGGGCCAGGUUACCCUCAAGAGACAAACUCGCGCGUAAACAACCAAGUCUCCUGCAAAGUACAAAAUAAAGCAGCUAGAAAUGGAGGAAGCUGCCCAAAAUCAAGUCGGAAAGGAGGCAGAUGAUAUUAAUAAAAUAAAGUUUGGCCCUGGUGCUCCCCUCAUCAAAAAGGAGAAGCGGCAGUCAUCAUCACGCUUCAACAUCCCUAAGAACAGGGAGUUACAGAAGCUACCAUCUCUUAGAGAUGCACAGCCCAGUGAACGGGAAGAUUUGUUUAUACAGAAGAUUCGACAGUGUGGGGUUAUAUUCGAUUUCAUAACUGACCCCCUAAGUGAUCUAAAAUGGAAGGAAGUGAAGCGGGCAGCAUUAAACGAGAUGGUGGAGUAUGUCACCACUCAGCGGCAAGUCAUCACAGAGCCUGUGUACCCGGAGGUGGUCCAGAUGUUUGCUGUGAAUCUGUUCAGAACUCUCCCUCCAUCCAGCAAUCCCUCAGGAGCAGAGUUUGACCCAGAAGAGGAUGAACCCACCCUGGAAGCUGCCUGGCCUCAUCUCCAGUUGGUGUAUGAGUUUUUCCUUCGCUUCCUGGAGAGUCCAGACUUCCAACCAUCUGUUGCCAAACGAUUCAUAGAUCAAAAGUUUGUAUUGCAGCUAUUAGAACUAUUUGAUUCAGAAGACCCAAGGGAGAGGGAUUUCCUAAAGACUACCUUACAUAGAAUAUAUGGAAAGUUCUUGGGUCUGAGAGCAUUUAUCCGUAAACAGAUCAACAAUAUAUUUUACAAGUUCAUAUAUGAAACAGAGCAUCAUAAUGGUGUUGCAGAAUUACUAGAAAUUUUAGGAAGUAUCAUCAAUGGGUUUGCAUUACCAUUGAAAGAAGAGCACAAAGUGUUCCUCUUGAAGGUGUUGCUGCCCCUCCACAAAGUCAAGUCACUGAGUGUGUACCACCCCCAAUUGGCUUAUUGUGUAGUUCAGUUCCUGGAGAAGGAUCCCUCAUUAACUGAACCUGUCAUUGUCACCUUGCUCAAGCUGUGGCCCAAAGUCCAUAGUCCUAAAGAGGUGAUGUUCCUGAACGAGCUUGAGGAGAUCUUAGAUGUUAUUGAACCUAGUGAAUUUGUGAAGGUGGUUAUCCCAUUGUUUCGCCAGCUGGCCAAAUGUGUGUCAUCACCACACUUUCAGGUUGCCGAGAGAGCUCUCUACUACUGGAAUAAUGAGUAUAUACUGUCCCUAAUAAGCGACAAUGCGCAAAUUAUUCUGCCCAUCAUGUUUCCUGCUCUGUAUAAGAACUCCAAGUCUCACUGGAACAAGACUAUACAUGGCUUAAUAUACAAUGCCUUGAAGCUGUUCAUGGAAAUGAAUCAAAAACUUUUUGAUGAAUGUACACAGCAGUACAAAGCAGAACGGCAAAAAGAGAAAGAAAAGAUGAGGGAGCGAGAAGAAGCCUGGCAACACAUUAAAGAUUUAGCUGUAAAGAAUCCAUUAUUCGAUAAGUAUUCCAGUGAAAGUAACAAUAUCUUCAGCCCACACUCAGCCUUAAUGGUGUCACCACAAGAUGAUAAUGAUAUUGAUUUCAACUCUGAAAAUAAUGGAGGUGAUAACACUGAGCAGGCAAAAAAAGUGCGCAACAAAGAGAAGCCGCUGCUGCGGAAGAAGAGCGAACUGCCCCAUGAUCAGUACACCAUCAAGGCGCUGAGCGACCAUAAGCGUGCAGACGACUAUCUUACCACCUCCCCAGAACUUGCUGCCACCACUAGCUAGACCGCGCCAUGGGUGCCAAGGUGGCAGGAGGAGGUAUGAAGGCAGUCUACUAGCUGACAUUUCUUGGAGGCCGCAGAGCAAAGUCAUCCAGCAGCACGGUGCCCGAGGGUGGGAGGGGGUGGAGGUCGUCUCAAGGACUCAGCACGUUAUCAAUCAAUGGGAAUGGCUUUCAAGGUUUCUCUUGGCUUACUAAACCAAGACAGAACAUCCCCUUGGGUUAUUCACUUCAAGAUUUCCUUCAUAAAUGCCUUUUCUUCUGGUUAUGACAGACCAAAGUGGGUGUAAUAUUAACGGGGUUUGUAUUAGUUUUCGUAACUAAACUAAUGUCAAAUGCAUGUACCUAAUGGGGAAGAUAAGUUAACAGGUUGUAUUCCUUAAAAUCUUCUCUUGAGGAUUUUGUACUUUACAGAUCAAAAAUUUUAUUAUUAAACCAAGCAUAUUCCAUUUAUGUGAUGAUGUACAGUAACACAGAUCUUCAAAAUAUUUUUGAACUUAAAGAUGCAACUAAAACACUCCAGCAAACUCCUGAAAUUCUCCCAGUGUAGUUUGACUAUGCACUCUAUGCCAUAUGUUAAGUUCAGGAAAGUGUACUGUUUAUAAGAGAGCCAGUGAAGCAAGUCUGUCCAUCACAUCUGCCCUGGGGGCCAACAAGAAGAGGUGAAACACAUGUGUUGAGAAGAGUAAACUUGAAUAUUGAUUAUUCAGAACAUCUGAAAUCUUUCAUAUCUUAAAUUUAUUAAUCAUCUAUUUGAUGGUCUGUUUAAUUAAGAUUCAAGUUACUAAAUCCCAUAUGAGUGGGAGAUGGUACCUUGUGCACCGAAAAAGUACCUACAUUAUUUAUAGGCUGUUAUACCUAAAAGAAAAUGUGCACUUGCUCACGCCUGUUCUUCUGCAAGGAAAAUAAAUAUGGUAUAACUACUUAAUUAUUAUAAAUCAUUCCAAAAAUUGUGCUUGGCCUCAAUAUAGUUAAUGAAAUCCAGAUUACAGUAUUGUUGAUGGCUGCUUCUCUAUCAAGGAAUGGAUAGGUUUUGUGUAUGUAGGAGGUGCAGUGUUUAUGCAUAGAGUAACUAAUACUAUGUGCUUUGUUCAAUGCUUUCAACAACUAAAAUGUUCUACUGCAUAGGAUCUCAUUCUCAUCCUUCAUUAAUAUAUAUAUAUAUAUAUAUAUAUAUAUAUAUAUAUAUAUAUAUAUAUAUAUAUAUAUAUAUAUAUAUAUAUAUAUCCUCAUUCUGCAUCUAAAGGUUGUUGCUGCUUGAUAUUCAGGUUGAUGCUAGGUACAAGAGAGCUAUUAUGACAAAUGUGCCGUUUAUUUAUUUGUUUUUUUAUCUGUUAUUAUUUCUUUAUUUUUCCAUUCGAUUUUUUGUGAUAUUGCAACAGAUGGUCAUAUUGCCAGCAGUCCGUGUUUAUUACUGUAUCUUCAUUGAUUUAUAUCUGGAAAUCAGUAAAUACAUGUCUUCAAAAUCACAUUGAUAUAAUUAUGAUGUAGAAAAUUUUGUAAUGUAAUUCAAGCCUGACAGAAAAGGAGGCAGUGCUGCAACAUUGGACACAGAUCAGUGCUUGAUCCCAGGCAAGACCAUCAACAGGCAUGCAUGUGCACAUUUUCUUAACUCAGCCAAGGAUAUGUUAUGGUAUUAAAAUGAUUAUACCAGCAAUACUGUCAGCAACCGUCAUCAUGAAAGGAGCCAUCAUACAUACAUAGUAGAUUAGUUUCUUAUAAAGGUUGUUAGUUUAAUUAGUGCAAGCCUUGGUAUAUUUUCUCAAGAAAUGAAGAUCGCUAGUAAAGCUGUAUAUGACAACUGUACUUCAAGUGAUGUUUGGUGUUAAGGAACAAAGCUGGGAUUUCUUGACAGCUGCUGGAAAUCUAACCCAGCCAAUGCUGCGAGGGUUACACUGUAGGUAAUAAAUAUGUAACAUAGUAUUAGAUGAACCAUGUGGAAUAUGUUGUGUUAUUUUGUUCAGAUAGUUAUAACCAGAGUUUAUUGGAAGAUUAUGUUGCUGUGUAUUUUAGAAUUAUAUCUUCAUAUUCCAUAAAUAUAUACUGAUUUAGUAAAGUAA